AGACCUGCUCGCUGGUUUCCGGCUUGACUCGGCCAGGGAUGCCUGAGACUCCCGUUAAUAUUCCACCUUGCUUCUGAUUUCGGGUCCAAUGGGCUCUCCGGGUCCGUCGGCACCGCAGGGGGAGUCUGCCCGGCGGCCUGCUGCAGCGGCACCUUUCGGUUCGGGCCGCGGAGCCGCUUUGGAGCGACUGGGUCAGAUUCUGGUUCUGUAAUCUGCGGAUUUCAGGCUGGACAGACGGCGCAGGGAUUUUCUCUUAUUCCAGCCUUUGCGGACUUAAAUCAUUGGAAUUAAAUGUGCAAAUUCUGAUCGGGUUCGUGUCCACCGCUGAUUCGACCGGACCAAGACCCAGUGGACCCAGUGGGCUGAUCCGGUCCGCUGAGGAUGCUCUUGUCCGGAUUACUGAUCCAGGAACAGCUGACAGAGCCGCUGACGGACUCCGACCUCCAGCCGGACCCUGGUUCUGCAGGAACUGGUUCUGCAGGUCUAAACUGGGUUUCAUGAGAACCGGGUUCACACCAGAAAGAUAGAAAACCUGACAGACACUUUAAACAUAGCUGCUCAGGAUUGUAAUAAUAAAAUAUUAUUUCAUGAUUACCUGAAAAAUCUGGAUUUAUGAUGAAUACAUUGACAGAAAUUACAUUUAAAUACUGAAUAUAAAUUACCUCUUAAUUGUUUAUUGAUAUGACAAACCUUUACUUUCACACCAAAGCCUUGCAGAGGUAAUAAAUGUGAGCUUUGACCUUCUGAAUAUGAAACUAUGCAAAACAGCUUCUUGCCUCAGAACCAGCUUCUUCCAGGGAACCCGGAAGGUUCUGAAGGAACUCUGGAAGUUCUGAAGGAACCACACAGACUCUAAAGGAACGGUGAUUUUAAAUGGGAGGAUUUGAUGAGCGUUUCUGGGUUUCGUUUUGCUCCAAUCAGGAUGCUACAGAAUGGAAUUAUGGGAAGUGUAGUUGGAUGUUGCUCAGUUAAAAGAACUACAGAGAGGGACUACAGCUCCCAGCAUCCAUAGCAGCAGCGGCAGGCUGAGACUGAAGGUGCUAAGGACUUGCUGAAGGCUGCAGGAACCCGGGAUGUCGGAUAAAACGGCGCCGCGCUGCCAGCUGCGGCUGGAGUGGAUCCACGGCUACCGGGGCCACCAGUGCCGGAACAACCUGUACUACACCGCCGGGAAGGAGGUGGUGUACUUCGUAGCCGGGGUGGGCGUGGUCUUUAACACCCGGGAACACACCCAGAAGUUCUUCCUGGGCCACAAUGAUGACAUCAUCAGUCUGGCCAUCCACCCUGAUAAGAUCCAGGUGGCGACGGGUCAGGUGGGCAAGGACCCGUACAUCUGCAUCUGGGACACCUACGCCAUGCAGACCGUCUCCAUCCUGAGGGAUGUCCACACCCACGGAGUCGCCUGCCUCGCCUUUGACUCAGACGGACAGCGAUUGGCCUCAGUGGGACUGGAUGCCAAGAACACGAUGUGUAUUUGGGACUGGAGGAGAGGGCGUGUCCUCGCCAUUGCAACCGGACACUCAGACAGAAUCUUUGACAUCUGCUGGGAUCCGUUCCAGACCAGCCGCCUGGUCAGCUGUGGAGUCAAGCACAUCAAGUUCUGGACUCUGUGUGGAAACGCUCUGACGCCGAAGCGAGGCAUCUUUGGGAAGACGGGCGACCUGCAGACCAUCCUGUGUGUCUCUGCAGCCAAAGAUGAGCUGACCUACUCUGGCGCUCUGAACGGAGACGUCUACGUGUGGAAAGGAAUCACUCUGGUCCGGACCGUCCAGGCAGCACAUGGGGCCGGCAUCUUCAGCAUGCACGCCUGCGAGGAAGGAUUCGCCACCGGCGGGCGCGACGGCUGCAUCCGGCUGUGGGACGUGGACUUCAAACCCAUCACCAAGAUCGACCUGAGAGAGACUGAGCAGGGCUACAAAGGACUCUCGAUUCGCAGCGUGUGCUGGAAGGCUGACCGGAUCCUGGCCGGGACUCAGGACAGUGAAAUCUUUGAGGUGAUGGUCCGUGACCGGGACAAGCCGGUCCUGCUGAUGCAGGGCCACAGUGAGGGCGAGCUCUGGGCGUUGGACCUGCACCCCAAACAGCCCGUGGCUGUCACCGGCAGUGACGACCGCUCAGUCAGACUGUGGAGUCUCCCGGACCACACCCUCCUGGCCCGCUGCAACAUGGAGGAGUCCGUUAGAAGCGUUUCCUUCAACAACGAUGGCUCUCAGCUUGCUCUGGGCAUGAGGGACGGCUCGUUCACCGUGCUGCGCGUCAGGGACAUGACGGAGGUUGUGCAUAUUAAGGACAGGAAGGAGGUCAUCCACGAGCUGAAGUUCUCUCCAGAUAGUUCCUUCUUGGCGGUGGGUUCUAACGACGGCUUGGUGGACAUCUAUGCCGUCGGUCAGCGUUUCAAGAAGGUGGGUGAGUGCAGCCGUUCCACCUCCUUCAUCACCCACCUGGACUGGUCUGUCGACAGCCGCUUCCUGCAGACCAACGACGGUGCCGGCGAGCGGCUCUUCUACAGGAUGCCAGCAGGAAAACUCGUUCCUAAAGAGGAAGCGAAGGGGAUCCACUGGAUGACCUGGACCGGCAUCGUCGGGCCAGAGGUGAACGCCAUCUGGCCCAAAUACUCCAACGUGACCAACGUCAACUCCGUGCACGCCAACUACAGCAGCGCCGUGCUGGUGACGGGGGAUGACAUGGGUCUCAUCAAGCUCUUCAGGUUCCCCUGUCUGAAGAGAGGGGCCAAGUUUAAGAAGUACAUCGGCCACUCGGCCCAUGUCACCAACGUCCGCUGGUCCAGUGACCUCCAGUGGGUGGUCAGCACCGGUGGAGCAGACCACGCCGUCUUCCAGUGGAGGUUCCUCCCAGAAGGCGUCAUGAACGGCGUCCUGGAGCCGCUUCUGCAAGAGGGCUACGCAGACUCCAACAGCGGUGAGUCGGACUCAGACGUGUCGGACGUCCCGGAGCUCGACUCGGACAUCGAACAGGAAGCUCAGACCAACUAUGAGCGGCAGGUGUAUAAGGAGGAUCUGCCACAGCUCAAGAAGAAACUGAUUGGUUCCCUGAAGCGUCAGAAAGCCCCAGAGGAAGGACUUCGUCUGCAGUUUGUUCACGGGUACCGGGGCUUCGACUGUCGCAACAACCUGUUCUACGCGCAGACGGGCGAGGUGGUGUUCCACGUGGCCGCCGUCGCCGUCGUCUACCACCGGCUGCAGCACAGCCAGCGCUUUUACCUCGGACACGACGACGACAUCCUGAGCCUCGCCGUUCAUCCUCUUAAAGACUACGUGGCGUCCGCACAGGUGGGCAGAGACCCAGCCAUCCACGUGUGGGACAUCCAGACUCUGAAGUGCCUGUCUCUGCUCAGAGGUCACCACAGCAAAGGAGUCUGCGCUCUGGACUUCACAGCGGACGGGAAGAGUUUGGUCUCGGUGGGAAUCGACGAGCUUCACUCCAUCAUCAUCUGGGACUGGAAGAAAGGAGAGAGGCUGGCUAAAGCCAGGGGCCACAAGGAGAAGAUCUUUGUGGUGAAGAGCAACCCUUUCAGGAUGGACAAGCUGGUGACCGUGGGCAUCAAGCACAUCAAGUUCUGGCAGCACUCAGGAGGAGGUCUGACGUUCAAGCGGGGGAUCUUUGGGAACCUGGGGAAGCAGGAGACGAUGAUGUCAGCGUGUUACGGGCGUUCUGAGGACCUGGUCUUCUCUGGAUCCACCAGUGGAGACGUCUACAUCUGGAAGGACACGACGCUGCUGAAGACCAUCAAGGCCCACGACGGCCCCGUGUUCGCCAUGUGCUCCCUGGACAAGGGUUUCGUGACCGGGGGGAAGGACGGCACCGUGGAGCUGUGGGACGACAUGUUUGAGCGAUGUCUGAAGACCUACGCCAUCAAGCGGGCGGCGCUCUCCCCGUCCUCCAAAGGUCUGCUGCUGGAGGACAACCCGUCCAUCAGGGCCAUCACUCUGGGCCACGGCCACAUCCUGCUCGGGACCAAGAACGGAGAAAUCCUGGAGAUCGACAAGAGCGGCCCGAUGACGCUGCUGGUUCAGGGCCACAUGGAGGGGGAGGUGUGGGGGCUGGCGGCUCACCCUCUACUUCCUGUCUGCGCCACCGUCAGCGAUGAUAAAACUCUGAGGAUCUGGGAGCUGUCGGCCAACCACAGGAUGGUCGCCGUCAGGAAGCUGAAGAAAGGUGAGCCCUGCAUGAAGGCAGCUUUCUGCGCGUCUCACCUGUUUAGCAUGUGCUGCCUGUGUCACCUGGCAGGUGGGCGGUGCUGCACCUUCUCUCCGGACGGCAAAGCUCUGGCGGUCGGUCUGAACGACGGCAGCUUCAUGGUGGUGAACGCCGACACGCUGGAGGACAUGGUGACCUUCCACCACCGCAGGGAGCUCAUCUCAGAUAUCCGCUUCUCCUUAGAUGCAGGGAAGUACCUGGCUGUGGCGUCCCAUGAUUCCUUCGUGGACAUCUACAACAUCCUGACCAGCAAGCGAGUCGGGAUCUGCAAAGGAGCCGGAAGCUGCAUCACGCACAUCGACUGGGACUCCAGAGGCAAACUUCUGCAGGUGAACACCGGCGCUAAGGAGCAGCUUUUCUUUGAAGCUCCACGAGGACGCAAACAGAACAUCAGCGUUCCUGAGUUUGAGAAGCUGGACUGGGCCACCUGGACGUCUGUCCUGGGUCCCACCUGUGAAGGAAUAUGGCCGUCCUUCAGCUUUGUGAACGCCGCCUCGCUCACCAGAGAUCGCAAACUUCUGGCCACAGGAGACGACUUCGGCUUCGUCAAACUCUUCAGCUUCCCGUCCCGGGGUCAGUUUGCUAAGUUCAAGAAGUACGUGGGUCACAGCACCAACGUGACCAACGUGCGCUGGUCCAACGACGACGCCAUGCUGCUGUCUGUGGGCGGCGCCGACACGGCCCUGAUGAUCUGGACCAGGGAGCCUCCGGGCCACAAGGAGAGCAAAGCUGUGGACAGCGAGGAGUCUGACGAUGACCCUGAGGAGGACGGAGGGUACGACAGUGAUGUGGCUCGGGAGAAGGUGGUGGACUACGUCACAAAGAUCUACUCUGUGAGCAUCAGGAACAUGUCGGGAACCAAACCCCAUCUGCAGCACAGAGACGUUCCUCUGGAGGAGAGGCCUCCUGUAAGCCGAGCCGUGCCGCUGCCCGACAAGCUGCUGAAGGACAACGUGACCAAGAAGAAGAAGGUGGUGGAGGAGCUGCUGCUGGAGCACGUCUUCGGCUACAGAGGCUUCGACUGCCGCAACAACCUGCACUACCUCAACGACGGCGCCGACAUCAUCUUCCACACCGCCGCCGCCGUGGUCAUCCAGAACCUGUCCGCAGGAACUCAGAGCUUCUACCUGGAACACACCGACGACAUCCUGUGUCUGACCGUCAACCAGCAUCCAAAGUACCAGAACAUCAUCGCCACCGGACAGAUCGGUGACGUCUCUGACCUCCCAGAGUCCGAAGUGUCCGGCCUGGCUCCGUCCAUCCAUGUGUGGGAUGCCAUGACCAAGCAGACUCUCUCCAUCCUGCGGUGCUCCCAUGCUAAAGGCGUUGGCUACGUCAACUUUAGCGCAACAGGGAAGCUGCUGCUGUCGGUGGGUGUGGAACCUGAGCACACCAUCACAGUGUGGAGAUGGCAAGAAGGAACCAAGGUGACCAGCAAAGGUGGCCAUGCUGAGCGGAUCUUUGUGGUGGAGUUUAGACCCGACUCUGACACCCAGUUUGUGUCGGUGGGAAUCAAACACAUCAAGUUCUGGACCCUGGUUGGUGGUUCCCUCAUGUAUAAGAAAGGUGUGAUUGGCUCUGUGGAGGACGGCCACAUGCAGACCAUGCUGUCUGUUGCUUUUGGUGCCAACAACUUGACGUUCACUGGUGCAAUAAACGGAGACGUGUACGUCUGGAGGGAACACUUCCUGGUGCGAGUGGUGGCGAAAGCUCACAGCGGUCCGGUCUUCACCAUGUACACCACGCUGAGGGACGGACUCAUCGUCACUGGAGGGAAGGAAAGACCGACUAAAGAGGGGGGAGCUGUGAAGCUGUGGGACCAGGAGAUGAAGCGCUGCAGAGCGUUCCAGCUGGAGACGGGUCAGCCGGUGGAGAACGUCCGAUCCGUCUGCAGAGGGAAGGGUAAAAUUCUGGUGGGAACCAAAGAUGGUGAGAUCAUCGAGGUUGGAGAAAAGAACGCUGCUUCCAACACCAUGAUCAACGGCCACACCAAGGGAGGAAUCUGGGGUUUAGCUACUCACCCUUUCAAAGACGUCUUCAUCUCUGCCAGUGAUGACGGCACCAUCCGCAUAUGGGACCUGGCCGACAAGAAACUCCUCAACAAGGUGAGUUUGGGUCACCCUGCCAAAUGCACGUCCUACAGCCCCAACGGGGAGAUGGUGUCCAUCGGCAUGGAGAACGGCGAGUUCAUCGUGCUGCUGGUGAACUCUCUCACCGUCUGGGGCAAGAAGAGAGACCGCAGCGUCUCCAUCCAGGACAUCCGGUUCAGCCCAGACAACCGCUUCCUGGCUGUGGGCUCCCUGGACAGCGCUGUGGACUUCUAUGACCUCACUCUGGGCCCGUCACUCAACCGCAUCGGCUACUGUAAGGACAUCCCCGGCUUCGUCAUCCACAUCGACUUCUCUGCGGACAGCAAACACAUCCAGGUGUCCAGCAGCACCUACACUCGCCAGGUCCACCAGGUCCCCUCAGGGAAGAUGGUCACCGAGCCGCCCGUCGUUGAACGCCUCACCUGGGCAACCUGGACCAGCAUCUUUGGUGACGAAGUUCUCGGCAUUUGGCCGCGGAACGCCGACAAGGCUGACGUUACGUGUGCUUGUGUGUCCCACGCCGGCCUCAGCCUGGUGACCGGAGACGACUUUGGACUCAUCAAGCUCUUCGAUUUCCCCUGCACUGAAAAAUUUGCAAAACACAAGCGGUACUUCGGUCACUCGGCGCACGUCACCAACGUCCGUUUCUCCUGUGAUGAUAAAUACGUGAUCAGCGCCGGAGGCAGCGACUGCAGCCUGUUCGUGUGGAAAUGCCAGUGAGCUUUCUGGGAGAACCCUCUUCCUCCUCCUCUUCCUCCUCUUCCUCCUCCUGCAAAGACCAGCCGUCUGGCGGUGCUGCAGCCCUGCCAUCAGAUCCCUGCUGCAGACGCAGCGCUGGAAGCUGACCAGGACUCGUCUUGUACAUUAAUCUGCAGCCGGGGGGGGGGGGGGGGGGGGGCUGUGUUUGUGUCUGUAGUCUGUGGAGCUGUGGAGGAACGUCUGAUCUCCGCCGUCAUGUAGCCGUGUUCUCGCUGUCAGUCCGUGCCUUUUAAAGAUCUGUGACCAAA